AGGACUCACUGAAACUUCCGGUUGAAAUACAAAUUAAGCAGCGCCGUUGCUUCAGCGUGUAGUCUGACCAGUGAAAUCAUGUUGACCCUGCCGAAGGAAGGGACGCCCAGUAUGAUUGACAAGGCGCUGCGGAUGAGACGGGAGGAGCAGGCUCGGCAGGUGAUCCUGGCCUGGGCUGUCCUCAACAUGUCUUUAGCUGGCAUGAUUUAUACUGAAAUGUCUGGGAAAUUGCUGAGCAGAUACUAUAACAUCACUUACUGGCCUAUCUGGUACAUAGAAUUGGCACUAGCCUCUUUGUUUAGCCUUAAUGCACUUUUUGACUUCUGGAAGUAUUUUAAGUACACCAUGGCUCCAGCCUCAGUUACUGUAUCUUCAGAUCAACAUCGUCUUCUUGGACUUACAAGAACUGGUAUUCAAGCCUCCCCCGUACAGAAACCUGAGAAGAAGGAGACCCCUGCUCCAGCACAGUCAUCUCCACUACAGGGUCAAAGUGUGUUGAGCUUCAGUCCGUCUCGACCUCCAACCACGAGUCCAAAGUUUUCUCCCACCUGUGUACCCGGCUACAGCCCUGGACUCAGUAACCCACCCACUCCAAACAGCGUAGGAGGCCCCUUUUCACCCUCAGUCAACUUUGGAAAGGUGCUGAACUACAGUCAGUCCCCGGGUUCUUCUCCUUAUCCAAGUGGCAUUGGUCCAGUUGAAGGUUCAAGCUUAAGGGCUCGAUAUCGCACCUCACCCUCAGUGUUCAACUCUCCUGGAAGCAAAGAGGACUACAUGGAAGAUCUGAAGAGCUUAGAGAGAUUUCUACACUCAGAGGAAGAAAAGAGUCAUCGAAGUCAGCUAGGGAGUCCAGAAUCUGUGUCUCCAAAUCACAGUCCAACUUUUUGGAACUAUAACCGCUCUGUGGGUGAUUAUGCUCAGAGCCUGAGGAAAUUCCUGUAUCAGCCAGCCUGUCGCUCUCAGGCCCCAUCUGCACACAAGGAUGAGACAGACCUUGGCUCCAAACAGGCUGCAGAGGAGGUGUGGGCCAGGAUUACAACCAGUCGCUUCGCAGUGGAUCGAGUUGACAGCUGGACUGCCAAACUUCGAAAUUGGAUUAGCGACACCAUCUUAGUCCCCUUGGUCAAAGAAAUAGACUCUGUAAACAGCCAGUUGAGAAGAAUGGGCAGCCCGGAACUCCAAAUAGGAGAAGCCAGCAUAAGUAGCCUAAAGCAGGCAGCAGUGAUGAAGGCGUCAUCCAUUCCAACAAUAAACUCCAUUGUCCUGUACUUGGACAUCACUCCCAAUCAGGAAUAUCUGGUGGAGCGGAUACGGGAGCUAGCGCACAGUGGCUGUAUGAGCUCCUUCAGGUGGAAUGGAGGUGGUGAUCUGAAGAACAGGAAGUGGGACAAUGAUCUCCCGACUGACUGUGCAAUCCUUAUGCAUGUUUUCUGCACAUACUUGGACUCCAGACUACCUCCACAUCCCAAAUAUCCAGAUGGGAAGACUUUUACAUCUCAGCAUUUCAGCCACACUCCGGAUAAACCUGAUGUGACUAAGGAGAACCUCUUUUGUAUUCACCAAAGCAGCACUACACCGCCCCAUUACCAGCUCAUCUAUCAAGGGCACAUCUACAGUCUUCCUAAGGGCAGGAACAACUUGUUCCACACGAUCCUCAUGUUUCUUUAUGUGAUUAAAACCAAAGAAUCAGGGAUGCUUGGGAGGGUGAAUCUUGGUCUCUCUGGUGUCAACAUCUUGUGGAUUUUUGAAAGCUAAGACAACCAUCCAGUGGACCUCUCCCUUCUGCUCAUGGUAUUGGUGCUGAUUUGGACAUCGAUGCAUUUAUCAAAGUCAGAUGCACUGCUGUUUGAAAUAUGAUUUGUGCUUACUCUUAGAAGCACAAAUGUAGCAUACUUUGUUCAUGAAUGCAUCAGCAUGCCAUCCCUGUAAAUAAAUGACCUCAGAAUAUGUUGGACUGUAGAAGACUGUCCUGAAUGUAAAUAUGUUUAUGGAACAUUUUGUUACUGCUGUUUCACUGAUGGAUAUUGGAACUGUCUAUUAUUUACAUGCCCAAGCAUAAAAAAAUCCUUCACAAAGGUUAAUGAGGGACUACACACAGAAAUGUAACAAAGCAUGUUUGGUGCAUUUCACCUGCCAAAGUCAAGGAUUUGUUAUAUUAUUUUUUUAUACAAAAAUUAAACUAAAUCUAAGUGACACCUACCAGCCCAGUUUUAAAGAAGCUACAAUUGCUCUUGUAUCUAAAUAUCAAAACAUCCGAGUGAGCGAGACACCAAACACGUAAACCGCUGAGUGGCAGUGUUGCUGAGCUACAACGUUUGACCUUCUUGGGACCAUUUUCUUAAACAUAGGACAUCUGUAUGAGCGCUGUUUAAUAUGACGCACACAACUACCAGUUGCUGCAAAAUAAAAAUAAAAAAUCUCUUUCAGUAGGCCGCUCUUUAGGUGACAGCAUAGAAAAUGAUUGGUAAGGACAACUGAAGAAAUUUUCCUUUCGAUUGUAGAGAUCUAUUUUGUAGUUUUAAAGCACUUGGAAUUUUAUUAUUGAAAAUUUAAGUUAAGUCGUCCUUUUAAUAUACUCCUGUACCCACGAUGCAUUGGAUUGUAUGCGGCAAACUGUCGGAAAAUGUAGUGCCAUGCUAUGUUAAAUCAGUAAUUUAAAUAAAACUGAUUUAAGAGCGUAUUG